UCGUACCAGAAAGCAAGAAGUUCUUGAAAAGCACACGACUCGGACUCGGUAAAGUAGAGGAUCGAGAGUGAGGUAGAGAAUCACACCUCACAUCGAGACUCCGAAGAUGAGCCCCUUGAAGCAGACACGAAAACGCCUCUCAAGUUGAAGAGGCCACAAACCCAACGUGCUGGUGAAGAUCAGGAAGACCUUCAGAACUAAACGACCACGGCGCGGUCCUUCGCUUUCCAACGGAGUCACGACCAUCUCCCACGAUGGGCAUGGGUUCGGCCGGUGGCGGUGCCGCCACGGUCCCGCUCCGGACAAAAGGCGGGGUUCGCGAUUACAUGACCUGCGGCCUCUACUCGUGGACGGGAAGUUUGUCCUCGACCUACGGCUUCCACCUGCUCGUCCUGAUCUUCACCGGGCACCACAUUUUGAAGGGUUUUGUUGGCGGCGGCGGGUCUGGGGGGAUUGUCGGCGCGGGGAUGGAGUAUCACUUCCGAGAUCAUAAGGUACUACAGGUGCUGAUAGAUUAAUACCGAUUGCGUCCUCGCUUAGCGCUCGCGUAUGCAUGACAGAUCCCCACACGACCCACCCUGCUCUGAUUCUCUUUCAGGUUUCCGGUUCCAGCCUUCAGAUUUACCAGUCCGUCGCCUCCCUCCCUUGGUCGAUCAAAGCCAUCAUGGGCCUCGUUUCCGACUCCUUCCCCAUGUACGGCCGGUACUACAAAGCCCCCUACGUCGCCUUCACGACCAUGGUCGCCUGUGGCUGCUACCUGUUCGUCGGAAGUCAUUUCGUCAGCGUGCAAAUCAGCACAAUCUGCUUCUUUUUCGCGUUUUUCCAGAUGUCGCUCGCGGACCUGAUGAUCGAGGCGAAGUACGUAUCCACAGAAAAAAACCCAUCCACAUCCAAUUUGUCAUGCAAAACACGUAUCAAAUCACGUGUUUGUCAUGCAAAAAACGGAUAUGGAUGGUUUUUUUUUCUGUGGAUAGUACGCGGAGCAAGUGAAAAAACACCCCGAGAAAGGCCCGGACUUGAUCUCCUUCGUCUGGGGCGGGAUGUCGUUGUGGACGCUUUUAUCCACCGUGAUCGUCGGGUAUUUGAUCGAGAACCUCGGGGCGGACAGCUGUUUUCUCUUCGCCCUGCCGUUUGCGGCUUUGAUCUUACUCCCAACCCUCGGCGAUUACUUCGAAGAGGGCGCGGAGUACGACGAGCAGAGACUACGCGAGCAGCAGGAACACGAGGAACAGAUGGAGGCCUACGCGGAAUAUGUAUUGCAAAAGCAUCGUACUAGCAUCAAUCGCAAUACAAAUUUUUUCACAAAGAAAAAUGGAGUUUGUAAUGCUGAUUUGGCCAUGAAAGCAGAUUUGUCAUGCAUGAUUGCAAUCAGUAUCAGUACGAGUGCGAUACUUUUGCAGAGCAUACGGAGCAGCAGCCGACCAUUGAGUCUGAGACAACGCGACUCGCCGAUUCCGGCGCCGCGUCGCAGGCGAGCGACUACAAGGCAGCCGACACGUAUGGAAGCGUCAGGUUUGAAAUCGUCAAAGUUGAAAUAAGUUGUAAUGCAUAAGAUGCAUGACCCGAGGCACGUGCGUUGGAGAGCAGGCAAGUGAGGCCGAUUGUGAGCCUGUUUGGGGUUACAGCUCGAGCUGCUAAAGUAGCAUGAGAAAAUCACUCCUCUUUGCCUAAACAGCAUGACAAACUGGACUUGGGGACCACCGAAAUUUGUCUUGCGCGACUUGGAAACUGGGUUCCAACUGGCAUCCAUUUAAUGCAUGACAAAUUAUUUCAACUUUGUCGAUUUAUUCAACUCCGACGCUUCCAUAACACGGCGAGCGCCGCGGUCGCACUUCAAAGGACCAGUCCGCAACUACCGCUUAACAGCGCGUCGUCUUCCCCAGAAGACAAUACCGCAUUAGUAGUACCAGGUGGAGGAAGUGCUGGUGCUCGUCCACCUUCCAGCUUGGUGAGAAGCGAACCCGAGGGGGAAAACGCGAUAGCGAGUCAACGAACCAGCACAUCCUCCGUGAAAAACAGCCAGCACUUGCUGCAAAUUGAGGAGAACAGACCGAUCUUCUACCUCGCGAUUUUCAUGGGCAUUUCCGGCAUUACCACCGCCGCGUUCUCCGUGCUAGUCACGUCAAAAAUCCUGAAUUUCAUCGUCGCCUACGGCCUGGGCCUGACCGUGCUUUUCGGGUUCUCCGUCUUCCUCCGUCCGAUCGUCGCCAAAAUGAACGCGUUUUUCUUCAUUCAGAACGUGCUCGCGGUCUCCGUGCACGGGGCGGCGUUCUACUUCUUCACCGACACGCCCGAGCAAUACCCCGACGGGCCGCAUUUCGAGCCGCAUUUCUACAUCUCCGUGAUCGGGAUCGUCGCUUCGGUGUUUAGUUUGAUCGGGAUGACGACCUACAACAUGUACGCCAAAGAGUGGAACUACCAAACAAUCCUGAUGUACAGCAACAUUGUCGCCAUGUUCCUGCAGUUGGUCAACUGCAUCGUGUUUUUGCGCUGGAACGUGAAGAUGGGCAUACCGGAUUCGUACUUCAUGGUCUGCUCCACGGGGAUCACCAGUGCGGUGUUUCAGUUUGGGUACAUUAAUGAAUAUGGGACUGGUGUUGAUCUUUUUAGGCACUACAUUUCUUGUGUUGUUGUCCUCGCUUGAUGAGCUCAUGUCUCGCCUUCUGAUGUUUGUGUUGAUGUCGAGACUAUGCUUUCUCAGUGUUACCACCAAUAUCAACAGCUGGAUGCCUGGUACCGUCAUGCUCGCGCAGAUGGUUCCCCGCGGCUUGGAGUCCACGAUGUACGCCUUACUCGCUGGCAGCUUUAACAUGUCGACCAUGAUGUCCAAUUACAGUGGCGCGCUCCUGCUCGAACUCCUCAAUUGCCGACCCAACGGCAGCAAGAACGAGGGGAAGGAGUUCGAGUACCUCUGGGUGGGCGCGCUGGUCGGGUCCGCGCUGCCGUGCGUCACGCUGUUCGCAAUACCGUAUUUGAUUCCGAACGCGAAACAAACGGAGAAACUGUUGGUGGAAAACCCGGAAAGCCCGACGAUUGGGUCGGUCUACAGUCGGUAUUUGAAAGGCAGGUACGGGCGGUUAGUCGACGACCCGAGCAGCGCACCACCAGGGGGCGGCGGGGCGGAGGUCCUGGUUGUAAACAGGGGGGAGCAGGAGGAGAAUCACCGUGUGGUGUCUCCGGUGCUGGGGCGACAACGCAGUCCGGUUGCUGCGGGGGAGAAUGCGGUGUGACGAGGUGACGAGGUCAACACGACGGUAGCACUGUCCGUAGUACCGUCGUCGUGAGUGUCAUCAGCGCCGUCUGGUCUGGCUUUGGCUUCGAAGAAGUGCUUGCGGAAGAAGGUCAGGCUUCGUUGCCCGGGGAUGCGACGGUGAUGUGUUGAUGAUUUCGAUUUGUUCCUAGGAAUACAGUCUUGAUGUUUCGACUGCGGCUGCCGUUUGCAUUUUUUUUGGCAGUGGGAGGCAGAGGCUUACUGGGUUGACAGAUAGAAACGUGAAAUGAACUACUUGAUGUUGGAAAAAUUAGUUCUACCUAUAUAUAAUGAUAAUCACUUGAGAAUACAAAGAACCGCUGAGGAAAAUGAUUCCAAAAUUGAUUGUAUGGACCUGCAAGCGUAAU